CCCCCUUUGUGUCUAAUGCGAUAUUGGGGAACUUUGUUAUAUUUUAUGAAAUCACAAAAGAGACGAGAUGCACAGGGGUGACCACAAAUGAACGGCCAAUAAAGAAAGAAAGAGGUCUGACUACUGAUCAAAUAACAAAUAGAUGUCUAAACGGGGGAAUAUAUGAUGGAAUUAAAUGCAUUUGUCCAGAUAUUUACUAUGGUCCAAUUUGUGAAACUAUCGUAGAUAGACUUCCUCCUGUGAAGACUGUUGACACCAGUGUGAAGGUGGAGCUAAAGAUCAAUAAUAGGCAAUUUGAUGAGAAUCUGAUGAACAAUCAAUCAGACGAAUACAAAGAAUUUGAGAAGGAGUUUAAAGAUUUGAUGAAAGACGUCUAUUCAGAUUUGGUCGGUUAUAAAGAUGUAGAAAUUGUGGAAUUAAAGGCCGGGAGCAUCAUUGUGGACCAUCUUGUGAUUGUGGAGGUUGAAUACAAAGAAGACAUGACCAUGGAGGAAGAAUACAAAAACAUCUUACAGCAAGUCACUGUAACAGUGAAUACGGUGAAGGAAUCUUUCCAGAACUGCACAGAUGUCGGUAGUAGUUUUUGUUUUGAUUCACAGUAUGGAAAUGUUACAGAAGUGGAAAUACCAAAUACUGAUUUUUGUGACCGAAAACUUGGUGAUGAUAUUAAAGAUUUUUACACUCAAAUAGUUACACCUGAAGGUCUGGCCUGCAUUUCGCAUUGUGAUACAUUAUCUACAAAAUACGUAGACUGUAACGGUGGUCAAUGUGUGAUACAGACAACAGGUCCACAGUGCUUUUGUCCAAGGACAGAUCUCUACAUGUACACAGGCUCUAGGUGCAUGGGAAAAAUACUAAAAUCAGGACUUUAUGGAGGCAUCGGAGCGGCCAUUGGUGUCCUCGUAAUUAUUGUUGCCACUGUGGGAUUCCUCUUAUGUAGAAAAAAGAAGACGACAAAUCGGGACACUGAAAAGGACAAUGUUAACCAGUACGAGUAUAUAGAACACGAGUUUAACCGUGACAAUGGAAGAAACAACCCCGCAAUGAGAAUUUGAUGAGGACGGUUGAGAUCCAGAGGCCUGAAGUCUCUAUUGCAUAAAAUAUCAACACAACUAACAAGAAAUUACCGAGGACCAUUUGGGAAGAAAUAUUCAAUAAAGCAAGAAAACACAAAGACGCAUCACAAUGAACUGAAGGACCUAGAAAAGAAUAGCAGUUCAUGGUAUCAGAUGCUUUAGAAGUUGGUGAAUCCUCACCACUGGGGUCUUAUUUCCAGUAUAAUUGUCUCCUCUACUUCUUGGACAAUUAGAGGAUGGACAAUCCAACCAGAUCUACCUACAUCUGAAAAAAAAAAACUAUGUAGAAUGUGUUUUAAACCCUAUAGUAAUAUGUUUAAAAAUCUAAAAUGUUAAUUCUAAUUGUGCAAACAAUUAGGACAUUUGUCACUUUUUUGAUACCAUGUAGAAUCAACUCCAGCCAUGAUACAGCACCAAGUAGGGAGUGCAUGACAAUAGGUUUUAAAAUGUAUUUAGUUUAGUUUUGUUUUCUAAAAGAACAUAAAACACAGAGCAGGAUACUCUAACAUGUUUCGGUCACUUCUGGUCUUUAAACAUUACUAAGGUCUGGAAGUGUUUGAAAUAUGUUGGCUUAUUUUGUCUUGUGAUUUAUGCCAUCCAGAAACCUCAAAUAAACUGUAAAUGGAACAACAUAAAACGCAGAACAGGUUACCCCAAAGUGUUUCGGUCACUUCUGGCAUGAAGUCAUGAUGACUGAGGUCUAGAAGUGUUUGAGAUAUGUUGGCAUAAUCUGUUCUGUCAUUUAUGACAUCCAGAAGACACAAAUAGACUGAACAGCAUAAAAAACACAGAACAGGUUUUUGCAACGCAUUUUGUUCACUUCUGGCCUUUAUUCAUGACAAGACAUCCGGAAGUGUUUGAAAUAUGUUGACAUAAUUUGUCCUGUGAUUUAUGCCAUCCAGAAGACACACAUAAACUGGAAACUGAACAACAUAAAACACAGAACAGGUUACUCCAACAUGUUUCUGUUACUUCUGGCCUUUAGUCAUGAUGAAUAAUGUCCAGAAGUGUUUGAAAUACAUUGGCAUAACUUGUUCUGUGAUUUAUGCCAUGUAGAAGCCACAAAUAAACCAAUAAUGUUUAAUAUCAAUUGUGAAACCUCUUUAUUUGCCACUUUUUCACCACUUUUUUUGAAAAAAAGUGGGUGGAGCUUACAGCUGAAAUUUACUUCAGUCCCUAAUUGGCAGACAGAAAGUCAAAUAUGCGCCAAAUUCUGCGCUUAAUUAUUUAGGAUAUCAUACUAUCAUGAUAUCAUGAUUUGGGCCUACGGUUUAUGAUGAAUUCCAUCUGUAUCUUUCUUCCUGAUUUUCUAAAUUCUGGCUAGUCUCUGUCACUGUGGUGGACCAUACAGAGUACGGCACAGACCAUAUGGCUUAAGACAAAGCCAAAACUAUUCGUCGGCUUUGUGUUCAUCGUGUCACUGUCACCUUAUCUAUAAUUAUUUUUACCAAACUUUUUGGGCCGAAUUAUUUUAAAGCAAAAUUGUAUAUAAAUGUUCUAAAUAUGAAUGCAAACUAUUAAAUUAUUAUUUUUUAA